UAACAAUCCACGAUCCCCAUUCACCCGUUCGCGGGGUAUUUUCGGAUCCAUGGGAUCCUUCGACUUUACCGACCAGCAGCAGCAGCAGCCGGAGCUGCAGGUCCCCCCGAAGGUUCCGGCGACAAGAAUGGACUCAAUGCGAUGCCCUUCCUAGGCCAAAUCCACACCAGUCCUCUGCUGUCCCGCCCAAUGGGUCCAAUAGGUCGCUCACACCGCCCCACCUUCCCUCCGAUGGGGGAUUCAGAUGGAUUCAAUGCUGUGCCACAGAUGGCAUCGAUGGGACCACCGCCCGUGUUGAGCUCCCUCUGGACAGGCGGCGCUUCUCCGGACAGCCGCGGAGACUACUACGACGGCCCGCACGAAGAGUAUUCCGACGGCCGCUACGAUGGCGACUACGAGGGCGACUACUUGAUGCCCACCGAGGAGGACCAAGAGGAGGAGUCGUGCUCCUGUCAGAGCCAGAGCGAGUUCAGCUCGAUAGAACUCUCCGAGUCGGACUCGGAGUGGGAGGAGCUCUCCGACGGCCCUUCUCCCAGGGUCUCCCCGCUGGAGUCCCUCAGCGCAGUCGUGCUCUCCACAAUGCAGCCGGAGCACCGUCAGCGCAUGAUGGCCUUGUAGCACCUCGUCUUGGAGACCGCUGUGGUCAAGGUCGUGCUGCUGGUGCUGCAGAUGCUGUGCUGCGCGGUGUUCUGGCUGGUCGAGAAGACCGUGGGCGUCAACGAAACCGUCGGCUCGACGC